CAGCAACAGUAGCAGCACCAACAGCAUCAGCAGUAGCAUCAGCAGUAUCAGUAUCAGCAGCAGUGGCAGCCAUCAUCCUGCCCCCACACGUGGAGCGGGCUCGGCACGUGACGGAGGGGGGGAGCUUUGUACAGGAUGAGAAGGAAGAGGUGAAUCGAGAGGAGGUGGAGCAAGGGGACUGAGUGAAGAAGGCGAAUCCCAGGGGGGUCUCCACCCCCGCCCCCCCCCCCAUGCCACCCCAAGUCACCAACCUGAGCGGGGGCCUCUCGCCCGAGGGCCCCCCCCCGCCAGGGGAGCGAGUGGGCCACGGCAGGGGCAUGGACCUCGUGGCCGUGGCCGUGGUCAUCUCCUUCCUGGCGCUCGGCCUGGCCGGGAUCUCCCUCUGCAAGCUCCUCCAGCGACGGGGGUACCGCUGCAAGGCCGAGGCCAAGGGGCACGGAGGCCCUGCUGGGCCGCAGGAUGACGCGGUCGACGGAAUGGACUCGGAGGAGGAGAUGAUUCGCCGCAUCGCCCGCCUCGUCACGGAGAACCCAGCCAAUCACAACGCCCUAUUCGCCCUGCAGCAGCACCAGCAAAGACCCGACACGUUUCACGUGACUCGUAUCUCAGAGGCGGGCAGAAGGGCGUCGGGGAUGCUGAAGGGGGGGGCGCUCCCCCUUAGUCCACGGGGCCCGGGGAUUCUGGGGGGGGCCAGCGGGACUCGAGAGGGGAGGGGCGAUGCCUAAGGUGAUGGGAGAUCGAUAUUCCUGGGUCUUUCGGUAAAGUCACCACGUAGAGGGGAAACAAUAAAAUAAUAAAAAUAUUAAACAAUACAAUUCUCACGACGUUUCGACUGCAACACAAGCAAUCAUCAUCAGGUGUGAAAACCAUCAUCAGGUGUGUGAUGGGAGAUGUUAUCGGACGGGAGCAAAGUGUCGCUGGACUGGAGGUUAGACCGACAUCGACCGUCAUCAUCAUUGUCUACAUUCAGAAUUAUCAACACUAACUUUAACAUCGUCGGCGGAACAAGCGAGGAACGAGACGGAACAGGCGAGGAACGAGACGGAACAAGCGAGCAACGAGACGGAACAAGCGAGGAACCAGAUAAAACAAGCGAGGAACGAGAUGGAACAAGCGAGGAACCAGAUAAAACAAGCGAGGAACGAGACAGAACAGGCGAGGAACGAGACAGAACAGGCGAGGAACGAUAUGGAACAAGCGAGGAACCAGAUAAAACAAGCGAGGAACGAGACAGAACAGGCGAGGAACGAGACGGAACAGGCGAGGAACGAGACGGAACAGGCGAGGAACGAGACGGAACAGGCGAGGAACGAGACGGAACAGGCGAGGAACGAGACGGAACAGGCAAGGAACGAGACGGAACAGGCGAGGAACGAGAUGGAACAGGCGAGGAACGAGACGGAACAAGCGAGGAACGAGACGGAACAGGCGAGGAACGAGACGGAACAGGCGAGGAACGAGACGGAACAGGCGAGGAACGAGAUGGAACAAGCGAGGAACGAGACGAAACAGGCGAGGAACGAGACGGAACAGGCGAGGAACGAGACGGAACAGGCGAGGAACGAGACGGAACAGGCGAGGAACGAGACGGAACAAGCGAGGAACGAGACGGAACAAGCGAGGAACGAGACGGAACAGGCGAGGAACGAGACGGAACAGGCGAGAAACGCGAUGCAGACGAGACGGGGAGAACGAGACGAGAUCGCCAUUGUUUUAUUUGGGAUCAAGUCCUUCACUAAACCCAGAGGGAACAAACUCAUUCGCGACGUCAUUCUGCCACACACAGUUCAUUCAUUCCUGAUGUUACUCCCCUAUGCACGUAGUUCACGUCUACGAUUAGCACGGUUGGCUACGUACGGAGCGAAAGAAGUUCAACACACAUCCCCCACCACACACCAACUCGCUCCCUGCGGUGACAUCAACUCAUUCUCCGCGUUAUUCUCCACGCAGUUGAUGUGAACUCAUUCCCUCCGUCGCUCCUCCACCACACACACAAAAGUUAACGUUCAAAGCGCCGAAUAAAAUUUUAACCACAA